GCCCCCACACACUCAGAUUUCCCCCAGCCGCGGCUGCUGUGGGCGCUGCAGUGAGAGAGAGAGGCCUGGGAGCCGGGCUGCUGAGUCACAUGCACAGUUCUGGUGCCGUUGUCCCCUCCGACCAAACCUUAUCCUGCCGUCUACAGAGAAAGACCAAUGGGAACCUCCGGAGUUAAAGAAAGAUGGUGUCUGUUUCCGGAGGGCAGCAAAUAACCGGCACUUGGAGGGUUCUACAGAAGAGCAGAGAGGAUCUAUCUUCCUGUUUAUUUUUCAAGUUUCACUUUUGCCUUAACGCCUUUGCGGGAAGAGACGCACUGAUGGGAGUCCCGGCCUGCCUGAUGCCAGGGGCUUUCUAGCACUGAUCUUGCCAACGUGUGUGGCACGACAUCCUCCCAUUGCUCCGAGGAACAGUAAUGCUGGGAAUCUACCCAACCUUUCCUGCACUUGUACAACCUUCCUCCGCUUGGCCGUGCCGGGAAUAUCUGCCUAGCGCUACGGUGUUUGUCACAUUCUUUGCGGGAUAUGGAGGAGCUAGGGAGGAAAUUGCCAUCGCCAGCCCCGAGGGCCGUAUCCUGACAUGAUCUGUGUCACUUGGGAACAAUGAAACUAGCCGGCCCUGUUUUGUUUUAUUUUUAUUUUUUACCUUUUUGAAACGUCCACUACAAAUUGGCUCCUCAGAUUAGGGAGUCGUGGAAUCGGCCCCUGUGUUGUUUUUCUUCUCUUUCAACGUUCCUGUGAGCCAUGUCGUGGCUUGGAGAAGCUCAGUGGUUUAUACUGGUGUCCCUCUUUGUUGCUGCCCUGGUCACGCUCGGGGUAUACCUCUUUCAGUAUGUUCUUGGUGGGAUCUGGAGACGCAGAUGGAGAUCUCCCUCCGAUGCUCAAAGUGAAGCCGAUUCUCUCCUUUGCUGGAUCCUGUCUCUGAGCAGCUGGAGGAGCCAGUGGCUGAAAGCUUGGAUAGAUGCCCUCAAUGCCGAAGCUGGAAAAAGAGGAGGAACCCUUAGGCUGUCUUUUGAGGAUGCCAAUGGCCAACAUCCGUUGGAGCUGUCGGUGAAAGAAGUAACGAGUGUUGUGAAAUCAGACAAAGAGAAGGUUGUAUCAUGCAAUGUGAUUGGAGAUUCCAUACAGUUUACAGUGCGUGUCACUCGCACCGUCCCGGCCAACUCAGGAUGCCAGGUGUACAGCGUCCGGGUCACCCCUCUCCAGCUCAAUCUGGAGCUGCACAUGAAAGAGGAAAACAGUGGGAACAUUCAGGUCCUCUGGACCAUGGGGAACUUUGCAAACCUCAAUCUUCAGGUUCAGCCAAGGAGCAAAAUCGAGACCCCUGGAGCCAGUGCAGUAUUGGAAACCCUUGAAGAUAUACUGAAGAACUUGAUGACGUUGGUCCAACCAUCAGUAGAUCUCAGCACCAGGCCCACAGGAAAUAUUCAUGGAGCCAGUUCUCAGUUAAUGUGCCCUCCCAAGCCACCGAGAGUUCACGACUUGAAGCUUCAGCUGAAGGGGCUCCAAGCAACACUAUCUGGAGAUGACCUAUCAGGGAUCUCAAGUACAGCCUGCACCGUGCAGAUAAACGACCCCAUCCAGAAAGUCACUACAGCAGCCACAAACACUACCAGUCCGUCUUGGGAAGAAGAAUUCAUCUUUGAGCUCAGUGCUAAAUCCAGGGAGCUUCAGUUGCAGAUUGUGGAAGCAGGGAAGUCCCCAGAGGGUGCCCCUCUAGCCUCAGCGAAUGUGCCCUUGGAUCUGUUCCAUAAGCAGCCAACAGGGCGGCAGAGUUUCCCCCUGAGAAGCGUAUCUGGCAAGGCUGUGUGUGGAUCGGUCAGUGCGCAGUUCCUUUAUAUUGAACCAAGCGAGGGAAAAUCCUGGACAAUUCCGACACCAGUGGCUGCCAAAAAGGUAGAGAAGGAUCGGACGGUGAUGCCUUGUGGGACAGUGGUCACCACUGUGACAUCGGUGAUCUCAAAGCCUCGGCUGGAUGGGAAGAGCCCAACUCAGAGCAAUGAUUCCCCUGCAAAGACACCCCCUAAAAUCAAGGUGAUAGGAAGGGACUUCUCUGUGCAAGCAAUGCCUUCUGAGAGCACUGUGGUCAGCAAAGCCUUGUCAUCGUCCGACACAGAGCUUUUGUUUCUGAAUGGCUCAGAUCCCGUUGCAGAAGCUGCUAUCCGCCAGCUCCGGGAAUCCUCCAAACAGUCAUUUAAGUCUCCAAGAAAGAAGAGCACCAUUAUUAUAUCAGGGAUCUCCAAGACUGCCGUAUCUCAGGACGAAGAGGCAUCACUUAUGUUCAAUUAUGCCGAGGCCAUGGACAACUCAGUUAUGAACUCUCCCCAUUCUGUGUAUGAAAGUGCCACCCCCACAUCAGCUGCAGAUAUAGACCAGUUGGAGGUCUCUGUGCCAACCCUACCAUCUCCAGUCUCAGAAGAUGGGCUUCUUGGUACAUGGGAGCAAGGCAGUGAGCUGGAGGAGUGGAAUAUCAAUGGUUUGGAGGACCCAGACUGUGAAGGAGUGUCCAUCAGCAACCUGAGCGUCUCUGAAACGGGAAGCAUGAAGAAAUCCAAAGGUGGAUUUUUAAAGAAAGGGGCAAAGCUCUUUUUCCGAAGGAGGCACCAGCAGAAGGAGCCAGGCAUGAGUCAGUCCCAAAAUGACCUCGUCUACCUGGAAACACCACGAUCUGGGGAACACCCCAAGAAGGGGGCGACUCUCUCCCGACUCCUGCACAGGAAACGCCUCAAGAACAAAGACAAGAGCCCGACACCGGGCACUCCGACGGGGAACUGAAAGGCCUUUCAUUUCAAGGCUUCAUAUUAGCAUUACUAUCUGUGCAUGGAUGCCUUCUGCACUCCAACGGAAUCCUCGGAAUCCCAGUGGAAUAAACAGAACCUGUGAAUAUUCCUUUAGCUCAACACUGUGAGGUUUUUUUGAAGCCCAGAAAAAGCCAUAAGAACCUUCUCCUUCACCCUGACGGGCAGGGGAGGAAAACAGCAUUGCUUGCAACUAAGCCAGCCUCCUGAUGGAGGGCGAGGAGAUACGCCUUGGGAAAGGGCCUCCGUCUCUUGGUAGCAAUAUAUUUAUGCUUGUGCUGAAUUCACCGUUAGAAGUGGCCGGCUCGGGCCGCGAGUCUCCGGAGAGCCAUUUCCUAUAGAGAACACAGCGUGGUGUCAUUUACUGUAGUUUUCCUAUGCAUGUAAUGAGUGGAGUCCAGGGCAGCAGCCAAUCCCGCCGACGGGUUUAGAAAGCUGGAUUCUAAUUGGCUAAUAUCUGUGCAAGGUUUGCUGCACUUUUGCUUUCGUAGUACUACAUAGUAGUAGAGGUGUGUAUUUUUUUUAUAAUUUAUCACGUAAAGGCCCCUCUUGUAUAUGUAUAUAGGAAUACAGCUGUAUAUAGGCUAUGCAAGUAUCGUGGCAACUGUAAGGUAUAUGUAUAGGUCUAUGUGUAUACAAUUACAGAACAUAAACCAGCCCUCCAUAAGGAAAUUAACAUCACAGUGCAAUGCAUUGUGGGUUAUGUAGUUCCUGCAUGCUGUUCGUAAGCUGUGGGGAAGUUGUUAUAAUUUAUAACAUCAGUGUUUUAGUCCCUCCUCCCCUGCUAGGAUUACAAAUGAUGCAGAAAGUGAAGAACUGUUUUGCAGCUGGAUUUCAGCAUAUAAAAUAGUAUUUAUUCAUAUUUUUUUUGAAGGAACAGAUUACAGUGAUGGGUAUAUUAGGGGGUUCUGUGUUGUGUGGGGCGCUUUGGAGCUCCCUCUUAUAUAUAUAUAUAUAAAUAUAUAUAUAUAAUAAUGUCAUCUACUCGCAGAUUUGGGAUAUGAUCCAGAAGGACUAUUGUGGGCCCCCAGCUUUCCCAGUGGCUCUAUAGGUAGUUGUAUUGGGGGCAGGACUUUCCAGAAAGUGGAAAGAGUAGGCGUGAGUGGGAGUGGCUUGGGGCGGGGCAUAUAAAUAUAACAUUAGGCGGUAUGGUACAUUAGAAAUGGUGUAGCGAACCUUGCAUGGACAUCCAACUGGUGGCACCUCCUCUGGAAAUGACGUACUACUCCUGCUGUCAGACUCGCCGCUCUUCCCGGUGUAUUUUCAGCUUUUAAAAAAAAAAAAAAAAAUUAAUAGAAUAGAAAAAUAAAUAAAUUUAAAUUAUGAAAUUCUAAAUGACUAAAACGAGGAUGGGCUGCUGCUCCCUGGUCGGGCGAAUGAGGAGUGAAUGGGCACGAAGCGAGUAAUAUAUGUUCAGAAACGCAAAUGCGGGUGUCCUUCUGCCUUUUGGGGGACUCGUGAAACGUUUAAAGGGCAAGUACUACGAUAUCAAGUUUAUAAGGAGGGAUGUUCUACGAAUUAAGACAUUAACGUUUGAAAUCUGAGCGGGAAUCUGGGUUGUAAUUGUUUUACAAAUAAUAUUAUCAUCUAUAGGUGGCGCUGUUCUUGCUAAGGAAUGUUCCGCGCAAUCAGUAUAGUAUGCCGCCAUAAUAAACUCGACAGAUCAACUCUCCUUAUAACAGUGGAAUAUUUUCCCUUUAAACAUCGCUGCUUAUGAAUUUUAAGUGUAUUGCAAAUCCGUUAACCCUGGGGGAACUCCCGGGCAGUACCAAGUUCUAUAUGGAGUUAGCAGCAUUCUCAUACCCCCCCCCACCGCCUGUUUUCCCAAGGGUAAUCCUGAUUUUUUUGGCAGAGGGGGGGUUAGCUUUAGUGAAAAGGGCAGGGUUGGGUGUUGCCAAAAGUUCUAAACUAUUCACUCGGCAGAGAUGGUAGGUACAAAUAUCUGUAUUGGGGGGUCAGCGGUGUUCCAGCAACCUAAUCCGAAGCUCCUAAUACUGGAAGGCAAAUGAGGGCCCCCAUCAGACAUCAUAGGGUCCCUUCUCCUUAGCUGGUAGGGUCCUCCCCUCCACCUGCCUGGGCCCCCUAGUGGUCAGUCCCUGCCAGCUAAGUCUGGAUCAGUCUGGUGAUUACAAUCCUGCCAGUACUGUUCCUCCCUCAGCUUUAGAUAGAUAUAUUUUCAUGGUGCAGAAAACUUGACCUUUAUUUAAUGUGAGAGUGUGUAAUAAACUGAUCCUGAAUGAUUUAUUUUAGCACUGGAUUGGGUCCCCCCCUAUUAAACAAUAUCAAUCUCAAUCCCAACCUUUAUUACUGUUUUUUUACUGUAAUGCUGAUUUCACUGUUUUAAUCACUGCCUUUUAAUGUGGGCCCCAACUUGUGAGAAAUAUCUUUCCCUACUGCAUUCAGUAUGAAAUGACAGGAGGGGAUUAUUUAUUCUCUCCCUGUGCAAUGAUUGAGCUCUAUUUUAUACGGAGGGGGGUAACCAAAUCAUUUUGUCUCCCCAAGUCAGAAAUAAUCGCAAACUGUUUUACCUUUUCAUUGGAAUUUGUGGGUGUGGUUUACUUUUGGCGCUCAUAAUUGUAAUAUAUAUAUAGCUAUAUAUAUAUAUAUAGAUAUAUAUAUAGAUAUACAGAGAUUUAUAGACAAAUAUGUGGGUGCUAAAUUGUACAAGUGCCGUUUUCCCAUAUCAACCUGGAUGAUUUUCUGACCACUCCCAUUCCUGACCAGCCCCAUUCCACCCAAAUCAUGCCCCGUACAUGGGGUGGAAAUGCCUUUGGCUCUUGCAAUAUCUGGGAGGGUUGACUGGUCUGUAGCCACCAAUUAGCAAUAAGCUUUGUCUGGUCUACUACCAGAAAAUGAAAGAAAAGACCCUGAUUGGUUGCUAGGGGGAAUUUUUACUGGUUCAAUUUAGCACCCACUUUAAUAAAUCUGCCCAACUGCCCUUGUUUUAUUGCUAAUGUAAAGCGACAUAACUUGGAUGUACAGCUAAUACAUUAUACAUUGAUCUGUUUAAUAAAAACAUAACGCUGAA